GCCUACCUCCUGGUAACUGCAGCGCGCUCAGGUACAUUUUGUCAAGCGUUUAGAGCCUCGGGUUGGAAAUAUCUGAAGUGGUUCUGGUAAGACAAACACCGUAAACGGAAAACAACUUUGCGUGAUCACAUGUCAGUCAGUGUAGCUGGUAAUAUCUCCUGAAUGUAAACAUAUAGUAGCACAUCCUGGCAGAGUUUCAGUUGCGUGUGGCGUGAGCCACAUAAAGGACAUAACGCUGCUAUCUCAAAGAAAUGCGGUCGGUGGUUGGUUGUUUUUACUCACGGUUAUCUUAAAAGUCUUGCAGAUUGCAAUCUAUAAUCUACCGCAUGCUUGUGCACCGACAAAACGGGUAAGCGGCAUCCCAGAGUAACGCAUCAGGCGUUGGUUUGCUUCGAUGUGCUCCGAGGUUUUAGGGUUUUCAGGCGUCUCCUCAGCAAAACAACUGAUUGUGCCUUAAAGGCGAGCUGACGUCGAGAGUCGGUCUGGGCAGAAAGGGGAAACUGAAGCAGUCGCACAGGAAACUCCCACAGAGUUCUCGUCAGCGUUCAUACGGAGCCGUCAGACGAGAAGGAAGGAGUGAUGACUGUCGGACAAAAGGAAAGGCGCUCCUCAAACAGAAAAACCAAGUAAUUGGCCUCACCUCUAAGGCAAGAGCGCCUUGACGAUGUGGAGGAAACGCCGCUGAUGUGGAUCAUUAAAAAGAAAAGAAACGAGGCUCCGUGAACCCUGAAGGGAUGGCUCUCCUCCUGGUCUUGAUGUGGUUGGUUCUCCCGAAUCGGGCUCUCCUCUCUGGUCUGGAUCACUGCGGCGUUCAUGACGGCAGCAGCUCAAACAACAUGUCGCCUUGGCUGCAGUCCUUACAAUGCCACAAUGACUACAAGACCCAUGUGGAUUGCAAAUGGAAGGCACCGACAAACACGACUCUGCAGGUCUGGCUGAGGGGAAACGAUGGCAGCAGUGAGCUCUGUGUGCCUUUUAAAGACGAAAAAACAACCGAGGAUGGAGUUGUCCAGUGCAGAUAUAAAACUCUUGUGCUCGGCGUGGGAAUCAGCCAUACUGUCUUCUUCACGAACAACCAGACAACAAGCUUCUGCUCGUCUUCCAAACACACAUCUCUGGAUCUUGUUCAGCGCCUGAGGGCACAUCCGCCUGGGGGUCUGACUGCAUCUGAGGAAAGCGAUGGCAGCUACUGGCUGAAGUGGUCCAGUCCGUAUCCUCCAUCGUCCUCCCUGAACCAGAACCUCUCGUAUCAGCUCAGCUUCAGGACGCAGGACGAGGACGGCUGGACUACUGAGGCUGUCGCAGACACCAGCGUGAGACUGGAGAGGCAGAAGCUGCUUCCCGGCCGUAGAUACGAAGCCAGAGUGAGAGCCCGGGCCGGCGUGGGUCGGUGGAGCGAAUGGAGUCCUGUGGCGAGCUGGAAAACUGGAGAUGACCUCGGGCAGGUUCCCUCUCUGGACUGUGUUCUGGAUGGAGAGAAGGAAGUGACGUGCAGCUGGGAGGUGAGCAGAGAGCUGGCUUAUCUCGUCACCUACCAGCUGACCUGUCGACACGACCUGACAGCACGGUUUGAGGGAUGUUGCGUGAACCCAGCUGUGAGUUCUGACCCCGGAGGGACAGAAGUGAGGUACAGCUGCCCUCUCACCGAUGUGGACCCUGAACGUCUGCAGCUGAAGCUCCAGCCGGCACACAACGCUAAGACUUUUCAAGCGUACAAACACAUCCGUACCAAUUCACCAGUGCAGGUGAAAGUGAGGGAGAAUAACGGUGACUGGGUUGUGGAGUGGUCUCCACCAGCUGAGGCAGCUACAGAGCUGUUGUACCAGGUCUGGUAUUACAGGACCACAGAUCAGGGAUCCACGGAGCUGCUGAACAUUUCCGAGGGGUCCACACGGGUGAGCAUCCUGGGAACAUCCCUCGUGCCGCUCCAGGACUACAAGGUGAAAGUGAGGUCACUGGUUGCCCCUGGAGCAGGUUCCACCUACGAAGGAAUCCCCUCAGAAUGGUCUGAACCUGCGAACUGGACCUCAAAUAAAGCCACCUGGUCCGUCUCCACACUGAUUUAUUUCUUCUGUGGCGUGAUUGCAGCCGCGCUCUUUCUGACUCUGUACCACACUAUCCCAGUUUGCCGGAAGGAAGUUGUGAUGUGGGUGGACUCAGUUCCCUCUCCAGGCAAAAGCAAGAGCCUGUCUGAGAUCAAGUCUUCCUCGUCCCCGACCCUCGUGCAGAGCGAGAAGACGUCCAUUUGUAGCGUGCAGCACCUCGACCGCGUAUCGACCUGCCGAUGUCUGCACUCUGCCGCCGUGGCGAUCGAGAAGAAAGAGGGAGCUGAUGAAAUUAUGCACCUUUCCCCCCCUUGCAGCUCCUCAGAAGCUUUGCUUUGGCCGACCAAGAGCACUGAGACGACGGGCAGCGAUCAGAGCAGGAGUUGCUGGAACUGUGAUAACCUCCCCUCCCCUAACGCUCACGACUUGGACACGUCGUCCAUGAGCUUCAGCGGGCCAUACAUCUUUUGUCAGGGAUCAGGACAAAUGUCAAUGGAGGUCCAGCAAGAAGAAGUCCGCGAAACAAAAUCGGAUGAAGCCGUGCCUCUCUUCCCGGCGCCAUGUCCUCUUCGCGAUGGAGAUUACGUGUGUCUUCCCAACCGCACUCUCUCAAGGUCCACAGAGGACCUCACAUCCCACAGCAGCUCAGGCCCAAAAUGGUACGACAGUCCUGAGCAGGGCCAGCAGCACCUGAACGCCACACUGCGGCCUGUUCAGUCUGGCAGCCGGUCCGGCUUCGGAGAACCAGCGGUGAGAAGUCAACCGCCCGAUUACACUGCAGGGCCGCUCCCCUCUUGGCCUCAAGGGGGCGCUAACUCGGGAUACUGCCAGCUCCCAGCAGCCUUCACGGUACCGCCAAAAUGAACAGCUGCAUGCAAGAAACAAAAAAACAAAGCAGGAUCAAUCAGUAAUUGACUUUUUGUAAGCUUCUACUUUAUUAUAAGCUCCUCAAGCUGUUAGAGGAAAAAAAAAUAUCUUGUUGUCGUUGCACAUAUUUUAUAUUGCCUUUACUGAUUUUAAUUUAGUAAUAUGUAACCAAACAUUUAACAGGGUAAAUAAAGUGUUUUUAUAUCUACAAAUAUUCCAGGAAGAAUAUUUAUAUAUAUAUAUUUUUAUUAAUGUUUAUCUUCAGCAUGAUUUUCUUUAAACAAGCUGCCACUAUGUGUAUUAAAGUGCUUUUCAUAAUUAUCCAAAAAAAAAAGAAAAGUGCCCUUACUGGCACUGACAAUUUUACCAAUUUAUUACCCCAUUUAAUGUGCAGUUAUAACAUGUAAAAUUUUGUCUUUUCCAUGAAACUGCUAAAGCAAAGAAACAGAAGGCGAGUUAAACGCUGUGACCUUUUUCACCAUUUUAUUUCCUGUACAGAGCAUUUUAAUUUCAAUAAAAGUUAAACUCACAUGCUAAUAAGACAAACUGGCAUAUUUACUGUCAAUACUGUCAUCAUUCAGAUCAUAAUCAGACAAACAAAAUGAAGUUGCUUCCGUGUCAGAAGUGAAGCCAUUUUAUUUCAGCUUAUUAUCUCUGGAGGCCUCAAAAAAAUUAAAGCUAUAGUUGUAUAAUUUUUUUUGAAACAGGGGGAUGAUCUAUAUUUAAUAAAAAUUACGACAGGGGAAGUCUCUGAUCACAUUAUGUGAUGGUUACUCCUUUCCUGUUACUAGCUUCACCAUGUCAUCGCGCAAAGUGGAAGUACAAAAAUAAAUUUGCUUAAUGGAAACACUCCAACACAAACUUUUUUUUUUUUUUGCUAGGAUGUGGCAGCUUUUUUUGACUCUAUCAGAAUUUGUGUACAUCACAAAACUCCAACAGAAACCCUUUUUUCACAUCAUACGGGUGAUGUGACCAACAACACAAGGUUACUACUGGAGGAAAAGAUGAAGAUGACAGGAAGUGGAAGGAGAAUGACGGCGUCGCAUGUUUUUUAAUGACAUCAUGUGAACAAACUAGUUAACCUUUGAUCUUAAAUCCGAAAUUGUGUUUCGGAUUUAAUAAAAAAUACCGCAAUUGCGAAA